GCACCCGCUCCAGCUGCUGCUGCUACUGCUCUUCCUUUCCAGAAUAGCAGCCCCUUUAAGCAGCAGCAGCGGCCACCGCGGUCUCUCGAUUUACCCUGCUUUUUCUCUCUAUGUAUUGGUUUCCUUCCUGAAGGUGUGAAAAAGCCUGUUCUCCCCCUCCCUUGCCUUCGUCUUUCUUCUCCCUCCCCUUUUCCUUCCCCCACCUCCUUGGCCACGAGCUCUAUUGCCCCUUUGGAGGAGCCCUUCCUUCUCCUCCUCCUUUACCUCCUCCUCUUCUACCUCCUCCUCCUCCCAUCAUCAUCAUCACCAAUAUCACCAUCAUCACAAUCAUCUCACAAGAAGAAGACAUCCUGACCCAGGACCUUAAAACAUUAGGACUGGAGGAAGAGGAAAGGGCAAGAAAACAGAAAGGAAGAAAACAAGAACGUUAAAAAGGAAACAAGAAACUUUCCACCCUGGAUUCUCUACUUUUGAUCCAUGGACAGAGCUCAGCUCAGCCAAGUUACAGACAGACUAUAAGCAGUCCUUGCUCAUUUUAUUGCGAUCUGCCUGUGGGAACUUUGUCUCCGAGUCAAAGUAGCAUGGAGCGGAGAAGCGAGAGUCCCUGUCUAAGGGAUAGCCCAGAUAGAAGGAGCGGCAGCCCUGAUGUCAAAGGUCCUCCUCCCGUGAAGGUGGCCAGGCUCGAGCAGAAUGGCAGUCCCAUGGGAGCCAGAGGGAGGCCCAAUGGCUCCGUGACCAAGUCAGUGGGAGGUUUGAUGAUUCCUGUUUUUUGCGUGGUGGAGCAGUUGGACAGCUCUCUUGAAUAUGACAACAGAGAAGAACAUGCAGAGUUUGUACUGGUUCGAAAAGACGUGCUCUUCAGUCAGCUGGUGGAGACAGCACUCUUGGCCCUGGGGUAUUCCCACAGUUCUGCGGCUCAGGCUCAAGGAAUAAUCAAACUAGGGAGGUGGAAUCCUCUCCCCCUCAGUUAUGUGACUGAUGCACCAGAUGCGACAGUAGCCGACAUGCUACAAGACGUCUAUCAUGUUGUGACAUUGAAAAUCCAAUUACAAAGUUGUUCAAAGUUGGAAGAUCUGCCAGCAGAGCAGUGGAACCAUGCCACAGUCCGCAAUGCCUUAAAGGAGCUGCUCAAAGAGAUGAAUCAGAGCACGUUAGCCAAAGAAUGCCCGCUCUCCCAGAGCAUGAUUUCAUCCAUUGUAAAUAGCACAUAUUAUGCCAAUGUGUCAGCAACCAAGUGCCAGGAGUUUGGGAGAUGGUAUAAAAAGUACAAGAAGAUUAAAGUGGAAAGAGUGGAAAGAGAAAACCUUUCAGACUAUUGUGUUCUGGGCCAACGUCCAAUGCAUUUACCAAAUAUGAACCAGCUGGCAACCCUGGGAAAAACUAAUGAACAGUCUCCUCAUAGCCAAAUUCACCACAGUACUCCAAUUCGAAACCAAGUGCCCACAUUACAGCCUAUCAUGAGCCCCGGUCUUCUUUCUCCCCAGCUUAGUCCACAGUUGGUAAGGCAACAAAUAGCAAUGGCCCACCUGAUAAACCAACAGAUAGCUGUUAGCCGACUCUUGGCUCACCAACACCCUCAAGCCAUCAACCAACAGUUCUUGAAUCAUCCCCCCAUCCCAAGAGCAGUUAAGCCGGAGCCAACAAACUCUUCAGUUGAAGUUUCUCCAGAUAUCUACCAGCAAGUAAGAGAUGAGCUGAAGAGAGCCAGUGUCUCCCAAGCUGUUUUUGCUAGAGUGGCUUUCAAUCGUACACAGGGAUUGUUGUCUGAGAUUCUGCGUAAGGAAGAAGACCCCAGGACAGCCUCUCAAUCUUUGUUGGUAAACCUAAGGGCCAUGCAAAAUUUCCUCAAUCUGCCAGAGGUCGAGCGGGAUCGCAUCUACCAGGAUGAGAGAGAGAGGAGCAUGAACCCCAAUGUGAGCAUGGUAUCUUCAGCCUCCAGCAGUCCAAGCUCCUCCAGAACCCCCCAGGCCAAAACCUCGACACCGACAACAGACCUCCCCAUUAAGGUGGAAGGCGCCAACGUCAACAUCACAGCUGCCAUUUAUGACGAGAUCCAACAGGAGAUGAAAAGGGCCAAGGUGUCUCAGGCCCUGUUUGCCAAAGUGGCUGCCAAUAAAAGUCAGGGCUGGCUAUGUGAGCUACUCCGCUGGAAGGAAAACCCAAGUCCAGAAAACCGCACCCUCUGGGAAAACCUGUGCACCAUCCGCCGCUUCCUGAACCUUCCCCAGCAUGAGAGAGAUGUGAUCUAUGAGGAGGAGUCCAGGCAUCAUCACAGUGAGCGCAUGCAGCAUGUUGUCCAGCUCACUCCCGAGCCUGUGCAGGUUCUUCAUAGACAGCAGUCUCAGCCAGCCAAGGAAAGUUCCCCUCCUAGAGAAGAAGCUCCACCUCCACCUCCUCCUGCUGAGGACAGUUGUGCCAAAAAGCCCAGGUCUCGCACCAAGAUCUCUUUAGAGGCUUUGGGAAUCCUUCAAAGCUUUAUCCAUGAUGUGGGUCUUUACCCUGACCAGGAGGCUAUCCAUACCCUCUCUGCUCAGCUGGAUCUCCCCAAACACACCAUCAUCAAAUUCUUCCAGAACCAACGGUACCAUGUGAAGCACCACGGGAAGUUAAAAGAGCAUUUGGGCAGUGGGGUUGAUGUUGCCGAGUAUAAGGAUGAAGAGUUGCUGACUGAAUCAGAAGAAAACGAGAGUGAAGAGGGCUCAGAGGAAAUGUACAAAGUGGAAGCUGAGGAGGAAAAUGCUGACAAAAACAAGCCGGCUCCCCCAGAAAUUGACCAGAGAUAAUGUGAAAUCACAACAUCAAAAGCGAGACAUUGGUCCAAGGAUUUUCUGUUUCUAUUUUCUUUUUUAAUUUUGUUUUGUUUUUUUUAGG